AUGUUGUCUGCUCGACUCAUACUCUGUUCACAUCUAUCUAUCUAUCUAUCUAUCUAUCUAUCUAUCUAUCUAUCUAUCUAUCUAUCACAUUCUGUUCACAUCUAUCUAUCUAUCUAUCUAUCUAUCUAUCAUUCUCUUCACAUCUAUCACAUCUAUCUAUCAUCUAUCAUUCAUCACAUUCUGUUCAUCAUCUCUAUCUAUCACAUUCUGUUCACAUCUAUCUAUCUAUUUAUCUACAUAUCUGUUCAUCUAUCUAUCUAUCUAUCUAUCUAUCACAUUCUGUUCAUCUAUCUAUCUAUCUAUCUAUCUAUCACAUUCUGUUCACAUCUAUCUAUCUAUCUAUCUAUCUAUCACAUUCUGUUCACAUCUAUCUAUCUAUCUAUCUAUCUAUCUAUCUAUCUAUCUAUCUAUCUAUCUAUCUAUCACAUUCUGUUCACAUCUAUCUAUCUAUCUAUCUAUCUAUCUAUCUAUCACAUUCUGUUCACAUCUAUCAAUUUAUUUAUUUAUCUAUCUUAUUCUGUUCACAUCUAUUUCAGUCUGACAUUAUCUAUCUAUCUAUCUAUCUAUCUAUCUAUCUAUCUAUCUAUCUUAAUUUCAUUUACUUUCUUUUUUCAUUUUUAUCCAUGUUGCAGUUUAUUUUCUUUCUUUCUUUCCUACCUUCUUUCUUUCUUUCUUUCUUUCUUUCUAUUUCUUUCUUUUUUAACAGAUAAUCUUACUUUUUCUUUUUUUUCUUAA